AUGACGGGUGUAGACCCGGAGGUCGCGGAGCAUCAUCUCAAUAUCCCACCCGACGCUCGCCCAGUGAAGCAAAAGCCCCGGCGCCAGGCCCCUGACCGACAACGCACCAUACAAGAAGAGGUGGACCGGCUCCUAGCAGUAGGCUUCAUAGAAGAGGCCAAAUAUCCCCGAUGGUUGUCCAAUGUAGUACUCGUGAAAAAACACAACGGAAGCUGGAGGAUGUGCGUUGACUACACCAGCCUUAACAGUGCGUGCCCUAAAGACUGCUACCCCCUUCCGAAAAUCGACCAGUUGGUCGACGCAACAGUUGGGCACGCACGCCUAUCCUUCAUGGAUGCCUAUUCAGGGUACAACCAGAUCAGGAUGGCGCCCGAGGACAGAGAGCAUACGGCUUUCCUCACCGAUCAAGGGGUGUACUUCUACAAGGUCAUGCCGUUCGGGUUAAAAAAUGCUGGGGCCACAUACCAGAGAACGGUGAACAAGAUGUUCGCCCAUCAGAUCGGGAGGAACAUGGAGGUCUACGUGGAUGAUAUGAUCAUGAAAAGUCAAGAAGCCGAAACGCACCUUGCCGACCUGGCCGAGGCAUUCGUCACACUGCGCAAGUUCGGCAUGCGACUCAACCCCACAAAGUGUGCUUUCGGCGUCACCUCCGGGAAAUUCCUCGGGUUCAUCGUACACGAGAGAGGAAUAGACGCCAACCCAGAGAAGGUUCAAGCAAUAAUCAACAUGCAGUCCCCCCGAACGAUUAAAGACCUGCAGCAACUUAACGGAAGGCUUGUCGCCCUGUCUCGCUUCCUCGCCCGGUCAGGCGAUCGCUGCCUCCCGUUCUUCAAGGCGCUCAAAAACCCAAAGAACUUCCAAUGGACAUCGGAAUGCGAAGAGGCCUUCAAACAAAUGAAGCGGCACCUGGCCAGCCUCCCCCGCCUCGCCUCUGUCUCCCCUGGAGAGAAGCUGGGCCUCUAUUUAGCGGCUUCCCUGCGAGCAGUCAGCUCUGUCCUGAUUAAGGAAAGCUCCGGCCAACAACUCCCGAUUUACUAUAUCAGCCAUGUCCUGAAUGGACCUGAGGAGCGUUACCCGCCAAUAGAAAAACUCGCGCUCGCCUUGGUGCUCUCGGCUCGGAAGUUGCGUCCCUACUUCCAGGCACACCCGGUGGAGGUCAUCACCAGCCAACCUCUUCGGCAGGUCUUAACAAAAUUUGUUGUUGCAGGUCGACUCCUCAAAUGGGCGGUGGAGCUCGGCGAACAUGAUAUAAGAUACGUGCCCAGGACCGCCAUUAAAGCCCAGGCAGUGGCCGACUUCAUCGCGGAGUUAACUCAGAUGGAGGACGGAGACCCCAAGCAAACCCCCGAAGCUUGGACCCUACACGUGGACGGCUCGGCCAACUCAAGGGGUGCCGGUGCGGGACUGGUCCUCCUUGCCCCUAACGGACGUUCGUUCGAGCGUUCCCUCCGCUUCGGGUUUAAAGCCACCAAUAACGAGGCGGAAUACGAGGCGCUCCUAGCCGGACUAGGGCUGGCCCUCGAGAUGCAGGUAGCCGCGAUACACGUCCUCACCGACUCGCAGCUCGUGGCCGAGCAGCUCAGCGGCGGAUACGAAGCCCGGGACCCAACCAUGGCGAGAUACCUGGCAUGGGUAAGGGACCUAACUGCCAAGUUUCAAUACUUUACAUUAUCCAACAUUCCGAGGGAGGAAAACGAACGAGCCGACGCGCUAGCUAAGCUGGCGUUGAAGCCGACCUCCGAGGCACGGCCGGAGGUUGAGGAGCUCCCUGCUCGCGCCAUUGAAGUGGCGACUAUGGCCUCAGGCGGCACGCCGACCACGUGGGUGCAGGAGCUGCUGUGCUUCAAGCGGGAUGGAACCCUUCCCCUCGACGAAGCAGUGGCUCGGCGCCUACGUCGCAUGCACGCAUGGUACACCGAGGAGAGUGGCCGACUUUACAAAUGGUCCUUCACCUACCCCCUCCUGCGAUGCUUGGAGCCUGACGAAGCCCAGACGGUCCUAGCCGAGACCCACGAGGGGGUCUGUGGCGAGCACGUCGGCGGGCGAACCUUGGCGCACAAGAUACUCCGCCAGGGCUACUAUUGGCCGAACAUGUGCCGGGACGCGAAAGCUUACGUGCGGCGGUGCAGGUCGUGCCAGCAACACGCCCGCGCACCCCGACAGCCAGCGGUCCCGCUCAGCCCCAUCGACUGCGCGUGGCCAUUCGCGCAGUGGGGUUUGGACCUCCUCGGGCCCUUCCCACCAGCUUCUGGACAACGGAGGUACAUAAUCGUAGGAGUGGACUACUUCACAAAGUGGGUCGAGGCCGAGCCGCUGGCGACGAUCACAGAACAUCAAGUGGAGAAGUUCGUGUGGAAAAACCUGGUAACUCGGUUUGGGCUGCCCAAGGCCAUUGUCACGGACAACGGACCUUAG